UUUCUAUGCGACCUUAUGGCUUCUUGUUCCGUGUCGGCCUCUGUUUCUUUCUCAGCUUCUCGCUGCCGGCGACUGUACUUUUCCGAUCGAUACCGACUCCGAUACCUGCUUUUGGGCUCCCUCUCGCUUCCUUCUCCUAAUCGUCCCCUUUCCGCGACUCCUCACGCCUCCAAGCGGUUCUCCUCUUAUGGCCAGGAGACGGUGGAGGUGGUACCUAAUCCUCGCGCGUGGGACGGAAAUCUCGGCGGCCUAGGGUACGAAGAAGACGAUGAUGAGGAAGACGAUGAGGAUGAGGAUGACCGGAGCUUGGAUCUCCUCGUGCGGUUCCUUAACAGCGUUUUUCGGAAGAUAUCUAGACGGGCCCGAAGGGCCGUCCGGGCGGUGCUGCCGCCUGCCAUUCCUACUAAAUUGGUGGGAUUUUCUGUUAACGGAGUGUUGAUUCUAGCAACCUUGUGGAUUCUGAAGGCCUUUCUUGAGGUCAUCUGUACAUUUGGAAGCAUGGUUUUCGUAAGCAUCCUACUCGUGCGUGGAAUAUGGUCAGGGAUCACUUACAUAAGAAUGAACCAAUAUACCUACACAAACCGGAUGGACAACGAGGACAGUCAAUGGAGUGGCAUACAAGCUGCAUGAAUUAUGUUCUUUGGGGGGAGUUCAGUUGUAUUCUAGAUUCCGAAAAGAUGUCAGUUCCAGAGCUAGCUUGAAUAUAGAGGAGAGGAGCAACAAUAGAUUUCCUUCUGCAAAACGUUUAUCAUCGCAGACUUAAUCGAUUAUGUAAAAUUCUGCUCUUUUCGCUGCAACUGGUAUAUUCCAAUUUAACAGAACUUGAAACACGUAUAAAAAUAAAUUGAUAAGCAUGUGAAAGUGUUUUUUUUGUUUUAUUAGUGCAAUCUUUCUUGUAUAUGUUGAAUUGAGCAAUA